AAUAAGUAUAAAUAUAAAAUGGAUAACUUAGAUGUAAACACUAAAUUUAAGAUUAUUUCUACAAAUUUAAGUAGUAUACCAAGCUAUGAUGGAAAUGCAGAUGCUCUUUUAAGUUUUGUACAAAGAAUUGAUUUAAUGAUACCCAUAUUAGAAUCAUUCCCUAUAGAGUUUAAAAUUUUGCUUAUGGGUAAUAUUAAAGACAAAAUAAUUGGAAGUGCAAGAAGAUCAAUUCUAAUUAAUGGCAAUGUAGAUACCUGGCCGGAAAUAAAGAAAAUUUUAGUUGAUAAUCACGGCGAACAAAAAUCUGUUGAUGAGUUAAUUGAUAAAAUAAGAUCUUGUCGGUGUGAUUCAACUAUAGAAAAUUUUUAUAAUAAUCUAAAUGCUUUAUUAUGUCGCUUAAAUAAUGCUCUGUAUUUUAGUUAUAACAAUUCCUUAGAAAUUAAUUGUGAAAGUAAUGGCCGAAUUGCUCUCAAUUCUUUCAAAUAUGGAUUACCGGAGCCUGUUAGGAGUAUUAUUGUGAGCAGGAAUCCGAAAAAUUUAAAAGACGCGUAUGACAUAAUAAAAUCCAAUGGGUAUCUGAAAUAUAACAAUAAAAAAUAUUGUGAUCAUGUUACACAUAUAACAUGCAGCCAUUCAAAUUUUCAACAAAAUAAUAAUAAAGAUAGUAUUAGACAAAAUUUCAACAACAAUAAUGAUAGACAAUUUCGUAAUAGUAGUAGGCAAAACUACAACAGUAAUGACAGUAAAUCUUACUAUAACAAAUAUAAUGGGCAAAAUUUUAACAAGAACAACAGUGGACAACCUUACAACAACAAUACAACAUUCCAGCAGCGUCAUUCAAACGAUAGUCAAAAUUUUUCAUCACAGCCGAUGUUUAGCGAUGAAGACGUUAAUGCAGAAAGCGAAUCAAAUGAAGAUGAAUAUAGCGAUAGCGUAGGAGAUAUCACGUCCGAAUCAGAUUCCGAUUGCGAAUGUGACUAA